CAAAUUCAAGAACAAUACCCACAAUAUAUUUUCGAAAUGGCACGAAAUAUCGCGAAUGUAUUGAAUGACUCUGGACAAUUUAAAUUGAAAUGAAACAAUGAGACCUCCGGUUCUUCCUUUCAGUUUGAAAACGGCAAUCGCCAACACCAGACCGAUAUUUUGCGCAGCUUGCUUGAAAAAGUACAUCAAUUGCAACAACAACAGCAAAAACAACUGCGUUGACAUUUUAUUUGAUAAUUGUGUAAGUUAUAUCACAAAAUUACAGAAAAAAAACAUUUAACAGUUGCAUUAUUGCGUGUCUGGAAUUUCACUUUAAAGUGGUAAACAGGUGUGUGUGUGUUAAGCGUUGUAAUGCCGAAAUUAAAAGUGCUCUAAACAUUUGUAGUCGGAAAGUUUUUGGGGAUAUUCACAAAUAUAGCUUAAAAUAUGAAAUAAUAAGUAAAAAUGGGAUUAAACUACAUAUACUUCUCAACUUUAUUGUACAUUCAAAAUGUCUACCUGGCGACAGAUUCAAGGCGUUAUAUUUUAUGUACCAUUGCUGUUACAUAUUGCUCAGUUUUGCGAUGCCCGUGUUGCAACUCCGCCACAAGAGAUAAUGGCGCCACAGCCUGAGGUGAGUGGCGUUUUGUAUGAGAAGACUCUGCCAGGCGAUCGUCUAUACGAUGAACCGAAAAUAUUAAAAUAUGCGCAGCAACGUGAGCAAAUGAUCGAAGCAGAGCAAUUGCUACUUACCGGUGGACAUUUGCAACUCGAUGAAAAUGAGUUGCAAGCACAUCAGAUUUUCAUGCAUCACAAAUUGAUGGAGCUCACCUAUGGCAUGGAACACCCACAUGAACAUGCGCCAGCGCUGCAUUUCUUCAAAGCUAAACCAUUCAUAGAACAAAGUAACGUGUUCAAAUUCAUACAGGCUAUGCCGAAAGGUGCCAUUUUGCAUGUACAUCGGACACCGGCGGUCUCUGUUGAUUGGAUGAUUAAGAACCUGACUUACACGCCCGGUCUGUUGAAAUGUCACACGGCGCGCGGUACUGUGGUGCUCAGUUUUCGUGAAAAUGCGCAAAAGCAUGGAUGCCGUACAAAAUAUUACGAUGUAGAGGAGGAGCGUAAGCAUACUUUGUCGAAGAAUCGCUACGAUAGAUUUUUGAAGUCCAAGCUAAGCUUAUAUUCAAGGCUGCCGGAAUUUGAGUACAGUGAACAAAACAAAGUGUGGCGACGUUUCGAAGACAUAUUCGAUACAAUAAGUGAUACGGUUGGGUACGAGCCCGUUUUCCGCACAUUCCACUGGCAGCUGAUGGAGGAAAUGUACGAGGAUAAUAUAAUGUACGCAGAGUUGCGUAUGAAAUUUAAGCCGCUAUAUGGCGCCAAUGGCUCCACGGUAGCAAAUGAGUAUGAGGCAGCCGAGCUGCUUAUGGCUCUAGUGGAAGAAUUUAAACAAUCACAUCUGGGUUUCUAUGGUUUGAAAGUUAUUUAUGUAGCGCACCGCGGUUCGGACGAAACUGAAAUAUUCAAAGCUUUUCAAACAUUCAAAGACUUCCAUGAACGCUAUCCUGAUUUCAUUAUUGGUUUCGAUCUGAUAGGGCAUGAGGAUCAGGGAAAGUCAUUGCAGUCAUUUGUGUCUAUUUUACAAGAUCUACCGAAAAGCGCAAAGUAUUUCUUUCAUGCAGGCGAAACAAAUUGGUUGGGCACGUCAGUGGAUUUGAACUUGAUUGAUGCCAUACUACUCAACACCACACGCAUCGGACAUGGUUACUCACUUAUGAAACACCCUAUACUCAGUAAGGCCGUUAAAGAGCGUGAUAUUGCGUUGGAAGUUAGUCCGCUGUCCAAUCAAGUUUUAAACUUAGUUUGGGACUUACGCAAUCAUCCUGGUGGCUACUUUAUGUCCGAUAAUAUACCAAUAGUGAUUUCGAAUGAUGAUCCAGGCUUUUGGGAAGCCAAAGGUUUGAGUUAUGAUUUCUACUAUGCGAUUAUGAGUUUUGCGCCGAGCAAUGCUGGUUUAAAGACAUUGAAGAGUUUGGUAUGGAACUCGAUAAAAUAUUCAGCAAUGGGUGAUGUAGAGAAAAAGGCUGCGUAUGCGCAAUUACAAUAUGAUUGGAAUGUCUUUUUGGAACGUGUUAUACGCGGUGAUAUUGUAUGAAAUAGUUAUAAACAUAAUAUACAAUACUUAUAAACAAAUGUUGUUUACUGAUAUGAAAUAAAUUAUAGUACGUGCGAUUUACAAUUUUUUACAUGAAAUUUAUG